GGCCUAGGUUUCAGCCCCCCCGCACACUCCUGUAAUGACUGGAUCGGCCCCCCUGACAAGCACUCCAACCUGCGACCGGUCAUCUUCUAUGUGCCCCCCGAGGAGUCACCCUUGGAGCGGCGGCUGCGAGAGGCACGGCAGGAGGCCCAGGCCUGCGACCAGCGCUUCUGGGCACGGCACAACCGUGCCUUCCGCCAGGAAAAAGAAGAAUUUAUUUAUUCAAGACUGAAAGCCAAGGGUCUGGAAAUGAGAGAUGAAGCAGGUCAAAAAGCAACACUGAAUGCAGAAGAAAUGGCUGACUUUUACAAGGACUUUCUAAGUAAAAAUUUUAGAAAGCAUAUGCAGUAUAACAGAGAUUGGUAUAAACGUAACUUUACUAUCACAUUCCUCAUGGGACAAGUAGCACUGGUGAGAGCUCUGAGGUGGCUUCGUUGGAAAAAGAAAAAUGUUGGAAAUUAAUCACAGCUCCAUGAAGAAGGCAACACUAACUAGUCCUGCUUGUUGUUUAUAGUGAUGUUCAGAAUCUGAGUGACUAGUGUAAUAAUUGCUUGAAUGUGUCUGUUAAACUGUGUAAAUAAAAGUUGCCAUUGGUCUUAAUUU